GAAAAUAAUAGAACAAUAGAAUUGUUUAUUCAUAUGGAAGUUAAUAAAUAAUUGUUUUGCUACGCUUGAUAUUACACGUGGAAUUUGUUAGGUGGAUUGAUUCGAAUUAAGUCGCUAUUAAAGAGGAACCAUAAGCUCAUUGCCAUAGCGACAUGAAUUUGUUGACAGAGUUGCAACGAGGUACUUUUUCGCGUAUCGCGAUGGACGGUGGUUUCAGUCCGAAGGAUAUAAAAGCGCUCCAAAAUUUAAUCUCUCCAUCAAAGGAUGAUUCUGAUAUUGAAGACGAUUUACCGCAGGCUGGCGCGAGAAAAUUAGGACCGAGUGACAUUGGUGCUCAGAGCGAUCCUUCUCAGGAUCAUUCGGGACCACAUGCAUUACUCCGAGGCGCGGGUGAUGAUAUUUGGCAUCCCUCGGAAGCGGUGGACACUAAAAACACGCAGGAUAAUGAUCCCCGAAUGGUGCCAGAAUACGAGAUAAAAUUUAAGCAAGCAGUGACGGCAGAAGAUGUUUAUUUGGGAAUGGGCUUUAAAACGCCGAGCACAGCGUCCUGCGAGUGGUUGUCGGUACUGGUGAAAUUGCCCCAGGAAACGCGGGAAAAAGUGGAGCUCUCCGUGGAAUCCGAGGCGAUCGACGUGCGAGGCUCAAGAUAUCGGCUGCACCUACCGACGCCGCAUCCAGUGGAUCCUAACGCGUCCUCCGCCAAAUGGCACAGCGACACUUCCACCCUGGAGAUCACGUUGAGGCUAACGCGCGAGCUUGAUAAUGUAAACUUUUGAUUCCGGAUCGAUCGAUCGAUGAUUCGACUUAUCGAGGAGAAUCGAAAGAGGAUCCACCAGAAGACCGUUCCUGCGCGUAAAGAGUGUCGUCAGAAAUUAUAUUAUAAAACUAUGUGCAACUUCUCUUUGCGUAAGAAUCUUUCCUGCCAUUCCGUAAGAGAUUGGAAGAUCUUUUACAAUUAUUUCUACAGAAUAAACUACCGUCGAUUUUUACAAGGUUUUGCAGUAAAGUUAAGUUUAUGUUAAUCUCGUUUAAUAUGGCAAUAAUGUUUAA